AUGAAGAACCGUUACCCUCUUCCUCUUAUGUUGUCAGCCUUUGAGAGACUCCAGGGAGCUACAGUUUUCUCAAACUUGGAUUUACGGAAGGCAUGCAAUCUGGUGCGCAUCAGACAGGAAGACGAGCGUAAAACAGUUUUCGACACCCCAAAUGGACAUUAUGAAUACCGUGUCAUGCCGUUUGGACUUACAAAUGCUCCAGCCGUUUUCCAGGCCCUGGUUAAUGACGUGCUGCGCAACUUCCUUCACCAGUUCAUGUUUGUGUACCUGGAUGACAUCCUCAUCUUAUACAGGUCCAUGGUUGAACACAUCCAACAUGUUCCCCAGGUUCUUCAAAGACUCCUAUCUCACCACUUGUUCGUGAAGGCCUAAAAGUCUGAAUUUUCCAUUCCUCAGAUCUCCUUCCUGGGGUACAUCAUCUCAGGACUGUGUACGGGUGAACUCCCAAAAGGUAGAAUCGGUGGUCAAAAGCGUUGUCGCACAAAUGCCAGGGUCUGGCGGGACCCCGGGUGUCAGGCCAGUCGAGAGGAGUGAGCCCACUCCAGGACCGCGAAGCCGGGGUUCGGCUGGGAAUGCUGUGCCUCCCGGACCUGUUUCUCUAUACCCCAGCUGAGUGUCGUUGCCAGGCACGAGGUGGGAAGGAUGGUCUCAGGCUCCAGGAGUAAUAGCCGUGGGGCUAUAACAGCGAGACAGUGCAUCCGGCUUGACAUUCUUGGAUCCCGGCCGAUAUGAGAGGGAGAAGUUGAACCAUGUGAACAGCAGGCCCAUCUAGCUUGCCUGGAGUUGAGACGUUUGACGGUGAAGAUAUACUCCAGAUUUUUGUGGUCGGUCCAUACAAUGAAUGGGUGUUCCGCCCCUUCCAGCCACUUCCGCACCUUCCAGCCACAACUCUUUGUGUUGAUCCUGUAUUGCCGUUCCGCUGGCAAUAGCCCAGCUCUACGUAGUUGCAUAGGCUCGGGAAGCGGUGAUUCAGCCGUCUCCUUCGACUCUCAGGGAAAGUCGGGAGGCCUCGGGUUGUCUCGGCAACGGGAUCAUCGGGAACAUCCAUGAUGACUUGGAGGCAAGGUGGAAUCCCUGGACAUGAGAGCAAAGUCGAAUUUCCUCUCCCUCCGUCGUUCCCAUAAUCGCUCAAAGCAAUAAGGGAAUCGAGAACCGUAGGUAACUCCCGAGCAGCAAGCUCGUCCUUGACCUCCUCCGAGAUGCCGUGCUGUAACAUAUCGAACAGUGCUUCCUAGUUCUAACCAGUCUCCACUGCCAACGUGUGGAAAUCCACUGCAUAGUCAGUCACACUGCAAGAGUCUUUCCGAAGCUGGAUUAGCUCCUGGGCAGCUUCUCUCCCGGAGAAUGGGGCGUAAAAAACCUUCUUCACCUCUCCCACAAAACGCUCCAGACUAACGCAUAUGGCCGGCUGCUGUUCCCAUACAGCAGUAGCCCACGUGAGACCCCUCCCAGACAUCAGUGUGAUGAUUGGAAUGAUCCGAGGGGAAGGAGGAGGGCUGAAGCUCAAAAAUAUGGGCACACUGAGCUAGAAACGCAGACAGGUGCUCGACUCUCCAUUGAAGCGUUCCGGGGGGGUUAAACAGGACUCCCGAGAAGGUGGAGUGGCUGAUGAGAUGUUGCUGCUAGCAGCUGGGUUACUGAGGGGCUGUGGGGUUACCACCGUGGUAGGCUGCCUCCCAGACAGCCUGUGGAAUUGCUCCAGCAAACUGUUCAAUGCUCGGUCAUGGCGUUGAGCCAACAAACGACCCCCUCCAUAAGGCCAUGAAGCAGUUUCUCGUGCCUCCCGACGGUGGCUCCAUUGGAGGAGAUGGCGUUGUGCAGCUGGCCCAGGUCUGCUGGGUUAGUCAUGGCCAGUUCGUACUAUCAGGAUAAGGUAAGACCCAGAUGCUGACCGUGUCGAAGUAACAAUAUUUAUUACAGCAACAGGGGCAAAGGUACAGGAAGGCAGGCAGGCUCAGGUCAGGCAGAGGUCGGUAAUCCAGAGACUGGGUAAAGGUACAGGGUGGUAGGCAGGCUCAGAGUCAGGGGCAGGCAGAGUGGUCAGGUGGGCAGGCUCAGGAUAGGCAAUGGUCAAAACCAGGAGGACGAGAAAAGAGAGACUGGGGAAAAGCAGGAUCUGAUACAAAAACUUUGGUUGACUUGACAAACAAGUUGAACUGGCAACAGACAAACAGAGGACACCGGUAUAAAUACACACGGGACAAUGGGGAAGAUGGGCAACACCUGGAGGGGGGUGGAGAUAAUCACAAAGACAGGUGAAACAGAUCAGGUUGUGACACCUGUUGUAUGAUUGUUUUGUUCUGUUUUGUCUGAACCCCAGGAAGAGUAGCCACAGAUAGAACAAUAAGCCAGAUAUUUUACCAGAUGUAUAUAUGUGAAGCAUCCGGUUGGUGUUUCCACUUACUACCAAAUAUGGUGAUGAGAGGAAGCCCAGUGGCAGGCAUUGUGAGAAGAUUUUGGCUGACAUUCUGCUAAUUUUCUCAUCAAUGAAACAUUCGAUCUCCAUACAGUUUUUCGCUGUUUCCAAAACUAGAAUCUAUAAUGAACAAAGCAGACCCUGCUUUGUAGACUUUACCCUUUGCCAAAGUUUCUAAAAAUUGCAUUGUUCAGGAGUGCAAGAGCGAAUUGAGUUACUGCACACGUGCACUUCACAGAGUAGGCGUUCCCUAAUGGAAAUAUGCAAAUAAAUGAUGGAGCGUGACAAUAGGAUCUCACUAGCUCAUGCUUGGCUCUGCCCAUCUCCUUGCUUGUUCUGCCCACUGAUUAAUUUGUUCCCAUUGGAAACCACAGGCUCUGGUCUGUCUUGGGUUAGUUAUAAAUAUCUUUGGAGUAGCUCUGGAAAAAGUAACUAAUGGAAAUCCAAAUAAACAUAUAAAAUUCUCUCUCUUGUUUCUACUUCAUUGUUUUUGUGUGGGUGUAUAUGAUGGCUUUGUUUUGUGAUUUGAUUGGACCCCAGGAUCCAGGAAGAGUAGCUGUAUCCAAAUAUACAAAAAAAUAUUUUCUCUCAGGUCUCUACUUCGGCGUAUGCUCCCAUCCUGUCAGGGGAUAAAAAUAACCUUGGAUCAGUCUGGUGCAACUUCAUCCAAUUGCAUGUUAUUAAAAUACUUUCUCUCUUGUCUCCUAUUUGGGGGGAAAUGACCUUAGAUCAGUGUCUUGGGGUUAUCUCCAUUCAACAUGUAGGAUAUUAAAAUGCUUUCUCUUUCUUAUCUGUCCAGGUGUGUCAGCCUAACUGCAAAUCCUGAUGGAGACCCUGUUAGUUUACCUGAUGGUACUUGGCAUGGCUGUAAAAGCCCACAAGGUCCAGGUGUGCCCAAAACGCUGUGUCUGCCAGAUGCUUAACCCCAACCUAGCAACCCUCUGCGACAAGAAGGGCCUCCUCUUCGUCCCGCCCGACAUCGACCGUCACACCGUGGAGAUGCGUCUGGGCGACAACUUCGUUACGAGCAUCAAACGACGGGACUUCGCCAAUAUGACCAAACUGCAAGACAUGACGUUGUCUCGGAACACCAUUGGCUCCAUCUCGCCUCAUGCCUUUAAAGAUCUGGAGAACCUCAGAGCCUUGCAUCUGGACAGCAACCGUUUGACGAGGCUCACCAACGACACCUUCAGUGGGAUGUCCAAGCUCCAACAUCUCAUUCUCAACAACAAUCAGCUGAUUCACAUCCACAUCGGGGCCUUCAAUGAUCUCACAGCUCUAGAGGAGUUAGAUCUGUCCUACAACAACUUAGAAAGCGCCCCCUGGGUGGCCAUCCAGAGAAUGACCAGCCUCCACACCCUGGGCUUGGACCACAACAUGCUUAGCUACAUUCCUGAGGGAACCUUCUCUGGCCUGCAGAAGCUCAAACGCCUUGACGUCACAUCCAACAAGCUCCAGAAGCUUCCGCCAGACCCAGUGUUCCAACGGGCCGGUGUCUUGGCCACAUCAGGGAGCUUGGGUCCGACGUCAUUUGCGUUGAGUUUUGGGGGGAACCCACUGAGGUGUAACUGUGAGCUGCUGUGGCUGAGGAGACUGAGGAGGGAGGAUGAUCUGGAGACAUGUGCGGCUCCGCAGCACCUGGCUGGGCGAUACUUCUGGACUGUGUCUGAAGAAGAGUUCCUCUGUGAGCCCCCUCUUAUCACCAGACACUCCCAGGAUCUGCGAGCGUUGGAGGGUCAGAGUGUAGCUCUGCGCUGUAAGGCCAGGGGUGACCCAGACCCCAUCAUCCACUGGAUCGCCCCAGACGGCCGGCUCAUGUCCAACUCCUCCCGGGCUGCGGUGCACAGUGAUGGGACCCUGGACAUUCUUAUCAGCACUGUGAAGGACUCAGGCUCCUUCAUCUGUGUUGCCUCCAACCCGGCCGGGGAGUCCCAACAAACUGUUGACCUGGUGAUCGCCAAACUCCCACACAUCACCAACAGUACUGUGGAGAAGGAACAGGACCCAGGUUCUUCUGAUAUCGCCACAGUAACGAGGACGGGUGGUGGUGGGGAAGGCGGAGGAGUGGUUCCACUGGGAAACACAAAGACGAGCCAGGAGAAGAAGGUGGUGAUCGCUGAGGCCACGUCUACCUCGGCCCUGGUCAAAUUCAGCUUCCAGAGAAGUAUACCGGGCAUUCGAAUGUUCCAGAUCCAAUACAACGGAACCUACGAUGACUCUCUGGUUUACAGAAUGAUCCCUCCGAGCAGUAAGAGUAUCCUGGUGAACAACCUGGCUGCCGGUACACAGUACGACCUGUGUGUGCUGGCCAUCUACGACGACCUGGUGACCUCCCUGACCGCCACGCGGGUGGUGGGGUGCGUCCGCUUCACCACCGAUCCCCAGUACCUCCGCUGCCACUUCAUGCAGUCCCAGUUCCUGGGAGGGACCAUCGUGGUCAUCAUCGGAGGGAUCAUCGUGGCGUCCGUCUUAGCCUUCAUCGUCUUCCUCAUAGUGAGGUACCGAGUCUGUAACCAAGGCGAUGAGGACAAGGCUUUGGAAAUGGGUGAGAUCCGGUCUCUGAGCAGUGAUGGUCAGCUCCAGGGCUGCGGCGUCCCCAAGUCCAUGUCCAAGUCUCUGUCCAAGCAGAUUCUCUGUCUGGAGAAACCAGAGAAGGUGGAUAAGGAGUAUCUGAGGGUGGGCCUUCCUCCCCCUGAGCUGUUCAAGCAGCAGCGACCCCCAGUCCUGACCACCACCACAUCCACCAAGCCAUCCAUUCCCGACUGCCAGACAGAUGUGGAGUUAGAGAACACAAACCGGAAUAACUCAGCAGAAGCUAAAAUGGUUGUUUCCGCCGUUUCCACAAAAUGGACAAAGGUCGCUAGAGGGCCAAGCACCCCUGGAGGGUCCUCCAACCAUUACAUGACAGUGCCAGCAGGGGGCGUGAGGGUGAACCGGCGGCACUCUCUGAACAUGGACUCGUACAAGGAGUGCUGCUACUUCAGCCUGGUACAGCAGCAGCAGCCAAAGCCUGGUAGGGGUUUGCGCUCCAAACGCAGUCUGUCCAUGAGUGGAGAACUGCCCCAGUUGGAAAGUGCAAUGGCAAACAUAGGCAGAAGCAGAGACAAGCUGUAUGGAUCCGAGUGGCUUCUCGAAAGCACUCUAUGAUCAGGAUUUUACAGGUUUAUAGGGUUUUUGUUUUCUUGGAUUGGAUUUGUGGCCUGUGGUGGAGCAGACAGUGACUUUAUACCUUGUUCAGACUGUUACUGCGGUCUUUAGUCUGCAAGACCCACAGAUUCCUCUUGUAUUUCUGAAGACAAGAAGGCCAAACAGGGUUUUAAAGGGCAAAUGUUUAACAUUUGAUUAUCGACCUUAAAGCAAAUAUCUUAUCAAAGUCAUCUUUAUAUUGACUUUGGAUAAAACUGAAGGCACCAAAAAAUGUAUAAAGCAACUUCAUGUACAAAAUUGUUAAGUUGUGUAUUGUGUAUGUGUUAUGUGAUACACCAGUGAGUCUUCACAUGGUGUUGAAUGCAGUUGGAAGUCUAGCAUUAUUUAGAGAGAAAGGGAGAGAAAGGGAUGGACGAUUAUACUUGUUAUAACAUUGCCUGUUACUUAAAGUGAUUACAAUCACUGUGUAGACUAUGAAUGGACAUGUUUCUUGUCAUCAGUUUUCCAGACUGUUGAAGACAUGUCUUAAUUAACUCGGUGGCAUUUGGAGGGAUUGCGAAUGUGCAGAACACCCCAGACAGAAGUGUAGAACAGAAUAUACCCAGGCUGUAUGUGACAUAGCACCCUAUUCCCUAUAGUGCACUCUGGUCAAAAGUAGUGCACUAUAUAGGGAAUAUGGUGCCAUUUAGUCUGGUGACACAGCUGGAUAUUUUCAUCAAGCUGCACCAGACACGCAGCACAAUGCAGCAUUCACGUUACCCGGCAUCGAUUGAGCUUAAUACUGCCCUCUUGUUUGAAUCAAUACAUUUUAUCACAUAAUUACACAUAAAGACUUAUGUUCAUAGGAUUAUUGUCACAGCUGAUAUGAUAGUUCAAACAAAGACAGGAUGACAAGAGCGAUAAAGGAUGUGUGGUCCAUUUUCAUGUUUUUUACAAUUAUUAAAACAUUGUUUGUCAUGUCAGGCUAAGAAUCGUUGUAAAUUGACUUUUCGGUGAAGAGGAAACGAAAGCCAAAAAACAGUAUAUGAGAAGUCGGCUCUUGAUUUAACUGUUGUUUCUGUUUGAUGUUUACCAGUUUAAAUAAACCAAUGAGAAAAAGGAAUCUAAUGUAGUUUUAACCUUAUGAUAUCUUACGAUAUAUGCUUGUGACAUAAUUUACCAGGUACCUAUAGAGAACAAUGUUGACUAUUUGUAGACACUAACUCUGCCAUGGUCCGUUGAACAAAGCCUAUGAGAAAAUGUAUAGAGUUUUUGGAUAAACGCUGAAAAUAAGGUCUGUGGUACACACAGGCUUAGGAGAUCUUGUGCGUUUUGUUCUAUGCCAUAAUCUUCAUCAACUAACAUCACAUUUUGUGAAUUUUGGUCAUUUAAAAAUAACACACAAAGUCUUCAUAAUUCAUAAAGGUCAUGUUAACUGACAUAUUAUCUACAAGAACAAAACGUAUAAGAUCUCAUAAGCCUGUGUUAACCUCAGAUCUUAUUUUGGGCAUUUAUUCCAAAACCCUAUUCUUUCUCCAUUCAUUUUGCUCAUAGGAAUGACUGACUACAAGCUGUCAAGGUCUAUUGUUGCUUUCUUAAAGGGACGCUCUGCAGUUCCUUCAUCAAUAUUUGGACUUCUGUGUUAAUGAAAUGUACCCAUCGAUUCUUGAAGAAUAUAAUUUAUAAAUGCCCCAUCAGCUUAGUUCAACUGUAGCCCAUCAGACCCCAAAAUAGAAGCUUGUUUCACUUCAAUGUUUGUUAACAAAGAAAAUGUAAACAAACAGGUUGUUUCCAUUACUUUUAAUCUUGAGUCACGACUGGAAAACAAAUGAGAUUAAGGUUCGGUAUAAUCUUAAAGCAUUUUUAACUCUCCAACUCAUCCCAAACCAUCUCAAUUGGGUUGAGGUCAGGUGAUUAAGGAGGCCAGGUCAUAUGAUGCAACACUCCAUCACUCUCCUUCUUGGUCAAAAAGCCCUUACACGACCUAGAGUUGUGUUAGGUCAUUGUCCUGUCGAAAAAAACAAAUGAUCGUGCCACUAAACGAAAACCAGAUGGGAUGGUGUAUUGCUGCAGAUGGGAUGGCAUAUUGCUACAUAUUGCAGUCUCUGAACAGUUGAUGUUGAGAUGUGUCUGUUACUUGAACUCUGUGAAGCAUUUAUUUGGCCUGCAAUUUCUGAUGGUAACUCUAAUGAACUUAUCCUCUGCAGUAGAGGUAACUCUAGGUCUUCCCUUUCUGUGGCGGUCCUCAUGAGAGCCAGUUUCAUCACAGUACAUGAUGGUUUUUGCGACUGCACUUGAAGAAGUGUUCAAAGUUCUUGAAAUUUUCUGGACUUAUAGACCUUCAUGUCUUAAAGUAAUGAUGGACUGUCGUUUCUCUUUGUUUAUUUGAGCUGUCCUUCAUAUGGACUUGGUCUUUUACCAAAUAGGGCUAUUUUCUGUAUAUCCCCCCUACCUUGUCACCACAUAACUGAUUGGCUCAAAUGCAUUAAGAAGGAAAGAAAUUCCACAAAUGAACUUUUAACAAGGCACACCUGUUAAUUGAAAUGCGUUCCAGGUGACUACCUCGUGAAGCUGGUUGAGAGAAUACCAAGAGUGUGCAAAGCUGCCAUCAAGGCAAAGGGUGGCAACUAAGAAGAAUCUCAAAUAUAAAAUAUAUUUUAAUUGAACACUUUUUGUUACUACAUGAUUGAAUGUGUUAUUUCAUAGUUUUGAUGUGUUCACUAUUAUUCUACAAU